GGAUGUGGGGUGGCUGGGGGUCAAAGGUCAACGCGUCGCGCCAGUUUGCGGGCGCGCGGGAGGCAUAACUGUGUACAGUGUGUACAGUACUGUCUCCCUCCCCGUGUACUGUCUCUGUCCCUGCGCGCUCUCUCCCUGUGCUCUCGCCGCUGUCGCCAUGAUCCACGAGCUGCUGCUGGCGCUGAGCGGGUUCCCCGGGAGCGUGUUCGCGUGGAGCCGCCGGGCCGGGCUGCAGGUACUGCAAGACGUCCCGUUUAUCCACCCGAGUGAGGUGAAUUUGCUGAACCGGAUCUGCCGUUUGGGCACCGACUACAUCCGCUUCUCCGAAUUUGUGCAGCAGAACAGCAGCCACGUCCAGAAGCCGCAGACGGAGCUGGCAGGACACAAGCAAGGCAUGUAUCUGCGUGCAUUUUGCUCCGGACUGGACUUGGUGCUGCAGUCGUACCGCCAGGCUCUGCUGGACCUCGAGCAGCAGUUCCUCGCCGAUCCACACCUGUCCGUGUCUCACGUGAACCACUCGCUUGAGCAGUUUCAGCUGCUCUUCCCAGCACUUAUGGUCGUCCUGGAUCUGAUUAAAUCACAGAAGGUUCACGGGUGUCAAAUCUUAGAAGUGAUCUAUAAGCACAGCUGCAGUGGACUCCCUCCCAUCCGUAAGGCGCUGGAGAAGGUGCUGUGUGUUUGCCAUGGGGUCAUGUACAAGCAGAUCUCUGCCUGGAUGCUGCAUGGGCUGCUGCUUGACCCCCACCAGGAGUUCUUCAUCCAGCAAGGGGGGGCCACCAGGCCCGAGCAGGGGGCGGUUGCAACCCCCACCCACAGCCAGAGCGAGCAGGACGACGAGCUCGGCAUCGGCGGCGUGUCCGGACGGCAGCUGCGGCAGAUGCAGAACUUGCACUUGUCCAAGGAGGCAGUCGUGCUGAAAGAGUCGAUGAGGCUGUACUCGAUUCGGCCGGAGAUGCUCCCGGGAUACCUGCCCCACCGCCUGGCCCAGAAGGUCCUUUUUGUCGGGGAGUCGGUGCAGAUGUUUCAGAGCCAAGCAGCGUCUCAGUGUGCGUCAGGUUCUAUUUUAAAGUCCCAUGAGGAUGCCUUUGCCACGGAGAUUCACAACUUGCAGCAGCAGGAUCUCUUCAGUCUUCUUGAGCUGGAGAUGGUGGUCGAUAAGAUCCGCAACACAGUGGCCGAGCACCUGUGGAAACUCGUGGUGGAAGAGGCAGACCUGCUGGGACAGCUGAAGACCAUAAAGGACUUCUAUUUGCUCGGUCGGGGAGAGCUGUUCCAGGCAUUCAUUGACAGUACGCAAACGCUGCUGAAGGCACCACCCACAGCUGUCACCGAGCAUGAUGUGAACGUGGCACUGCAGCAGGCGGCGAGCAGGGUGCUGCUGGACGACGAACACCAGCUACACCUCUUCCACCUCACCAUCUCCACCCAGGCCAGGGACCACCGAGAGGGACUGUCGGGGCAUGAGGGAGAGGCGGUGCGAGAGCCAUGGUCUGGCUGGGCGGCACUGGGCCUGUCCUACACCGUGCGCUGGCCACUGCACAUCCUGCUCACGCCGUCCGUGCUUGACAAAUAUAACGUUAUGUUCCGCUACCUGCUCGAGGUGCGACGCGUGCAGGCUGAGCUGCAACGCUGCUGGGCCGUCCAGAUGGAAAGGAAGAGCUCACGAAUGGACAAAAGUGAUGCAGUCAAGUGGAGGUUACGGAACCACAUGGCUUUUCUUGUUGACAACCUCCAGUAUUACCUACAGGUGGAUGUGUUGGAGUCUCAGUUCUCACAACUACAGCAGCAGGUGAGCAGCAAACGAGACUUUGAGAGCAUCCGCCUGGCACAUGACGCCUUCCUGGCCAACCUGCUCGCUACCUCCUUCAUCCUGCUAAAGCCCGUCUUCCACUGCUUGCACGAAAUCCUGGGCUUGUGUCACUCCUUCUCAGCCCUGGUGACCCAGGCGUCUCCGGUAUCAGAUGACCGAGUAUCCGCACAGCUCGACAGUCUAGUAAAGGGCUUUAGCCGCCAAUCAUCACUGCUCUUCAAGAUUCUAUCCAGCGUGCGGAGCCAGCAGAGCAAUCCUAACCUGGCCCAGCUGCUGCUGCGGCUCGAUUACAACAAAUACUACACACUGGCGGGAGGCACACUCGGCAGUUUUGGAAUUUGAAGUUGAAAAAUAGGUGGAUCCACAGACAGUGUUCCAUGAUUCACGUUGGGCAAAUGGAGCAAUGCACUUACAAUGCCGAGUUGCUCACGGUCACUAUAGUUUAAUUUGGGUUUAAAAUAGGUGAUUGUGAACUAUUGUGUUUUUUCCAGUUCUCUUUAUCAUUUUGCUUAUAUGAGCAUCAGUUUGUGAUAAUCCCCCACCACCACUACGAUAUAAAUCGUCGAAUUACCUACAUAUGCUUCAAUCUUAAAUGUGUUUUUAUCAUCAAGUGUGAUGAGUGUUGCCUCCCUGAUCGUUUUACAUAUAGCCAUGUAACAAUUAAAUAAAUUGUCACAAUGUUGUGAGUUCAUUAAAACAUAUAUUGUCUUGUU